AUGGAUCCAUUGUCGACCCUCAGCCGUGGUUUUGGCUACGUGAAUUUCACCACGAUGGAAGCCGUAGCCGUAUCAAUCGAUUUGCUAAACGGAUUGAUUAUUAAAGGAACUGGAGCUAUGCAGGCCAAUGCAAACGUCCCGAAUUGCCUCUAUAUCGGUAAUAUUCCAAAAAGCAAGGAUAAAGACGACAUUAAGACGGAAUUCAGCAUAGUAUCAGGAGGCAUAGUGAAUGUCAUUUCGGCGGAAACUAAGCCCAACUGGGGAUUUUGUCUUGUGGAAUAUGACUCGAUGCAGUCCGCUGCUUUUGCAAAACAACAGCUAAAUAAUGGCACAAUCAAAGUUUUUGGUUCCGACAUCAUCUUCGAUUGGGCCGAUCCCAAUGAAGCCAAAAUGCACAAGAUCGUUGACGGCGUGGAUAAAAGUACUCCAUGUCGGAAAUUUUCAAAAAGAAGCAGCAUGGAACGUACAAAAGAAUUGUUCGGAGAGCACGGCCCCAUUCAGCUGGUCGAAAAAUUUGAAGACUACGCUUUUGUUCAUUACGAGAACAGGGACGAUGCCGUGAAGGCAGUAGAAGAUCUACAUGGCCGCACAGUCGACGGGGCGAGUUUGACCGUGUCAUUCAAGUAA